AAAGGACCUGGGCAAACAAAGGUUCUACUCGCAAAACAUAUUGAAGUUCGCCAAAUUUUGCUAAGUGCAAAGAUGAAAAGGUUGUAUGGUCAUAAUUGGAGCCUUGGUAGCAAGUUGUUUAUCAGAAUUAGAGUUGAGAAUGGAAG